ACCAGAAGUAUUCGCAGCCAAGUGGGAUCCAAGGAGGAUGUUGAUUUUAAUGAGAAAACAAUCCCCGAGAAAUCCUUAGACCAACUCCUCAUGCGGCUCAUCGCCCAAUCAACUACUGCCACACCAAGUAAAGAAGACCAAAAGAAAUUCGCAGCGUCAUACCAGAAGAUCAUAGAGGAAACUGCCAAGAAGCUUAAAGCAAAAAUACAUGGCAGCUCAGAUCAGCAGAUACAUGGCGUCUCAGAUCAGCAGGUGCCCGAUUAUGAAGACAUCCUACAGGAGGUGUUCCCGGAGCCAACCACCGCGGCCGCUACCAAUGGCCAUACAAAUACAAUUAGUACUACUAGCACACCCGUCGAGGGACAAAUAAUUGAAAUUAUAGAAGGGGUUAAAGAAAUGCUACGUGACUUGAAGAAGCUAGACAACUACUCUGGCGGAGUGAGCAGUGAACCUGCAGCCCAAGGCUCGGAAGCUGAUUUUGGAAAAUCCGCAGAGGAGAAGAGUUUUCACGAUAAAACAGAGGAGAAGAUACUAGAAAUCAAGUACAAGAUUUUAGCUCAGCUGAUGAUAAGAGGAAUCGUGGACAAGAUUCAAGAACAAUUAGGAGGUAAUACUAAAAGGAUCCUGAUCAUCCUCAAAACCGAUGAUAACAAGCAUGUAGCAGUAUGGGAAGAGACCAUGAAGAUUCUAUGCCGGCUGGGGUGCAACACCAUCGCUGGUGCUAUGAUUGUGGCCACAAAAACAACUCAGCAUCAGAAUAAGGAAGAUUUUUGCUACCCUCGGUUGGAGGUUCUAGAAUAUCCUCUUGUUGGGCGCUACCUCGACACCAUUCUCGAGAGCACAAAAGAGCCCCUGCGUGAAGAAGACAGCCGACAGAUUCUUCUUCGGAGCAUCUUGUACGAGUGUGAGCCAGACGAGUUCUCCAUGAAGCUCUUCGUUCACACAUUCCACGCUAAACCAAAGCGGAGCAAUGAAGAGCUGCGUAAGUUACUCAACAACUUGCGUGCCACGCAAAAUUCAUCGCCCGACAUUGCUGCGAAGAUGUUCAACUUCUCUUACAAGGAUCUACCUAAAGGGUACAGGUCCUGCUUGUUGUACCUUGCUAUCUUCCCUGCUGAAACAGAGGUCAGGGUGUCAACCUUGGUAGGGCGAUGGGUUGCAGAAGGGCUGAUAACCACGACAGAUUGGAGUUGGUCCAGUUCAGUAAAAGAAGCCUUGAAAUGCUUUGUGGCGCUAAUUAACCAGGGCCUUCUUUCUCCUGAUUCCAUCGGUGCUACUGGAAAUGUCAAGAGCUGCCGUGUGAAACAACCAGUUCAUGGAUUCAUUGACAAGAUUGCGAGGAAACAGCGCAUUCUGGAGAAACGCCUGUCAAGUCGCUGGGCUCGUCACUUCUCUAUUUUCAGCGAUGUGCGUCUCCGCAGUUCCCAGAAAGUGGAGGAUUUCUUGAAAAACAUACCCAAGUCAUCUCAGUUCUCCAAGAUCAAGGUGCUAGAUCUGGAACAAUGUAAUUGUUUCAAGGGGAACCGGCGGUACCUGAGGGACAUAUGCAGUAAGAUACUAAUGCUCAAGUAUCUAAGCCUAAGGAACACAGAUGCGAACCACCUACCCAAAGCAAUCAACAAUCUUCAUGAGCUGGAGGUACUAGAUAUCCGGGAGACUGAGAUUCCUAUGCAUGCAACAAGAAAGAUCCUGCUUCGAAAGCUGAAGCGUGUGUUGGGUGGUUCAAGGCAUACCCAAUUUUCCAGCAUCCAUAUCCCUGAGAAGAUCGACAAAAUGGAGGGUAUGGAGGUACUAUCCAACGUGCAGCCACGGAACCAUCGUGAUCUGGACCACAUUGCAGGUCGGUUUACGCUGAAGAAGCUUGGCGUGGUUAUCAGAAAGGAGAGUCACCUCGGGGCAUUGCUUGUAGCAACCAAGGACCUGAAAAGGAGCCUCCGAUCUCUGACAAUUACUCUCAACAUGCUCACUCCCCCAACUGAUCAAUGCUUCAAGGAUAAAAGCACAACAGAGUGGGACCCAAAGGAUAGUCAUCUUGUGAGCCUAAGUAUCAUGGGAAGUACACAAAAGAAGGAGCUUCUUACAUGGUUUUCCACGAUAGCCAUCAAAGUUGCCAAGGUAACCAUAAGUGGCAGUUUCAGGCAGGACGAUAUGAAUACCCUUGCUGUGUUUCCCAGCCUAAGUUGUGUCAGGCUUCGGCGCAUUCAUGACCAGACCAGCCACGAGCUAGUCUUUGUGGCGGGAUUCAAGAGUCUCUCCACCUUUAUCGUUGAGGACACCAACAUAGCUAAAAUUAUAUUCGAAGACCGAGAUGCUAGUAAGCGUAUGAAGAUGGUGGGACUGAAGGAGCUUGAUGAGGAUGGUGUAGCCGUCCCUAAAGAGGUGGAACAAGACAUCAACAAGAAUGGAGACCAAUCAGCAGGAGGGACGGACAGCGCCGCCAUGGCAAGAUGCCCGUCCUUAUGGAAGGCUAAGAGCUGGCUCUGGAGGAACUGACAGCCAUCCCUUCACUUCAUGGUCAAUUCCUCCUCCCUCCUACCCAUGGUUUGGUUCCACUCGUGUGUGCUAAUAAUUGUGUGUUUGUGUCUGCUCUGCUACUCUACAGAUUGAUAGUUGUGUGUGUGUAUGUGUGUCCAGUUA